AUACAAAACUUAAUUAAAAAUUGUUCUAGGAUUCAGCAUCCAGUGGAUUUGUCAACAGUUUUGACCGUAAAGACCGUAAAGGCGCCAGCCAUAAGCCAAAUCCGUCAUAAAUAUAUAGAGAAAGAGCAGCCGCACCGUCGUUGAUUAGCAUUCAUCUGGAAAAAGAAGAAACAGCUAGAGAAGAUGGGCAAGGAGAAGAUUCAUAUUAAUAUUGUGGUGAUUGGACACGUCGAUUCGGGCAAGUCCACCACCACCGGACAUUUGAUUUACAAAUGCGGCGGCAUUGACAAGCGUACGAUUGAGAAGUUCGAGAAGGAGGCCCAGGAGAUGGGCAAGGGCUCGUUCAAGUACGCCUGGGUGCUGGACAAGCUUAAGGCGGAGCGCGAGCGUGGCAUCACCAUCGACAUUGCUCUGUGGAAAUUCGAGACGGCCAAGUAUUAUGUGACCAUCAUUGAUGCCCCCGGCCACAGAGAUUUCAUCAAGAACAUGAUCACCGGCACCUCGCAGGCCGAUUGCGCUGUCUUGAUUGUGGCUGCUGGUACUGGCGAGUUCGAGGCUGGUAUCUCCAAGAACGGCCAGACCCGUGAGCACGCCCUCCUCGCCUUCACACUGGGCGUUAAACAGCUGAUUGUGGGCGUCAACAAGAUGGACUCCACCGAGCCUCCCUACAGCGAGGCUCGGUACGAGGAAAUCAAGAAGGAGGUAUCCUCGUACAUCAAGAAGAUCGGCUACAAUCCGGCCUCUGUGGCAUUCGUCCCGAUUUCCGGCUGGCACGGCGACAACAUGCUGGAGCCCUCCGAGAAGAUGCCCUGGUUCAAGGGCUGGACCGUCGAGCGCAAGGAGGGUAAGGGCGAGGGCAAAUGCCUGAUUGACGCGCUGGACGCGAUCUUGCCGCCACAGCGUCCCACCGACAAGCCACUCCGCCUGCCCCUGCAGGAUGUCUACAAGAUUGGCGGUAUUGGCACAGUGCCCGUUGGUCGUGUGGAGACCGGCAUCCUGAAGCCAGGCAUGGUCGUUAACUUUGCGCCGGUUAAUUUGGUCACUGAGGUAAAGUCAGUCGAAAUGCAUCACGAGGCCCUCACCGAAGCCAUGCCGGGUGAUAAUGUUGGUUUUAACGUGAAAAACGUUUCGGUUAAGGAGCUGCGACGUGGCUAUGUGGCUGGCGACUCCAAGAACAAUCCACCCCGAGGAGCUGCUGACUUUACCGCUCAGGUGAUUGUUCUGAACCAUCCCGGGCAGAUAGCCAACGGUUAUACGCCCGUUUUGGAUUGCCAUACGGCCCAUAUUGCGUGCAAGUUUGCGGAGAUCAAGGAGAAGUGCGACCGUCGUACGGGCAAGACAACGGAGACCGAACCGAAGGCCAUCAAGUCGGGGGAUGCGGCAAUCAUUGUGCUGGUGCCCAGCAAGCCGCUGUGCGUUGAGAGCUUCCAGGAGUUUCCGCCGCUGGGCCGUUUCGCUGUUCGCGAUAUGCGUCAAACGGUCGCCGUGGGCGUUAUCAAGUCCGUCAACUUUAAAGAAACGACCUCGGGCAAAGUAACAAAAGCCGCUGAGAAGGCACAGAAGAAGAAAUAACUAGGGUGCCAGCAGACCUACAACAUAAGCGAGAGCAACAGCAACAACAUCACUCAAGAAUCCCAGCAGCAAACGGCUAGAGCAACAGCAACAGCAGCAUCAGCAACACAUCUCAAAAUUAUAAUAUCUACUCGACGAUCAAAACCAAAAUCAGUGGCAACCGAAAAAGAAGAAACACCAAUUACUAAUAUCACCAACUGCUGCAUGCAUAUAUUAUACGAAAUCGAACAAAUACUACAAUUAAUAAUAAUCACACACACAAUUAGCGAAGAGCAGCAGGCGGCCACCACCAGUAGCAGCAGCAGCAUUAGCAGCGUUAUCAGAGUCGAUGGUGGCACCCUUCUACCGAAGCAUCAUCGCGUUGGUGGCCAGACGGACGAGUAUCCAGUGUCCUUUCCGCUCGCCCAGUCGGUCGUGGCACUCAACGUUGCCAUCUACUGCAUCUAUCUGAAUUUGUAUCGCCAUCGCAAGUCUUUUCGCAGGAAACCUUCGCCGUUGUCGACAUGCGCAGGAGCAAAGGGAGCCAACCAAAAUGCCACUGUAGCUUGCCGCUAGCCUCAUCGAUAUACUCAUCCAUCACUAAUAAUACAAUUUUAUUAAACAUCCGCAUAGACAUCUCUUCAUCAACAACAACAACAAGAAACAUCCUAUCAGCCAUAACCAUCGCCCAUCGUGUCACCGUCACCAAUGGAUUUUAAACACUUUUUAUACUUUUGAUAAGUCAAGUCGGAGGCAUUCGAUUUAAAAUCUAUUACACACUGUAAUUUCAGAGUUUAGUUUUAAACCAUGCUCCACCCCUCCAAGCAACCAUUCGUUUUCCUCAUUGAAACAACAACAACCAAAAAAGACUACAUUCGUAAUGAAUUCAAAAUUUUCUCUCGAAACCAAAAGACAAAUGCUUAAGAAGUAUUACAAAAAAUAUUAUAACACAAACACACACAUACAUAAUCAUGCGGUUUUUGACAAAACAUUCUAAAUGUUCGAUCGAGCCUCAUUUGCAUUUGCAUACAACACACAAUAUAUAUACGUUAAUCGCAGGUCAUUGCCCACAUAAACCACUCUCUUCUCUGAAUUUAGACACACAUUUAAUUGUAAUUGUAACCAAACACCAAACAAAAUUCAUGGAUACAGAACAUGUUGCUUGAUAAAAAGAUCUUUUAAAUGAUGAGAAAAAUAAAGGAAGCUUAACCGUAAAAUACCAAAUAAAUCGA